AUGUCACAAAACGCCCCAUCCUCAGACGGAGCUCCCCAAGGAAUUAAUCUUGCCUCACUCUCCGUUCCUCAGCUCCGCGCACUCCAAACCCGCCUUACCUCCGAAUUGGAACACCUGACCACCUCGCACACGAAGCUACGCGCCGCCCAAGCCAAGUUCCGCGACUGCGUACGCUCGAUCAAUGACGGUGUGAUUGGAAACGAGAAGAAGGGAACCGAUGGUCGUGAUGAGAUCCUCGUGCCCCUCACCAGCUCGCUGUAUGUCAAGGGCCGCUUGACAGAUCGCGAGAAGGUGCUUGUUGAUGUCGGAACUGGAUUUUAUGUUGAAAAGACUGCGCCCAAGGCGAUUGCAUUUUACGAUGUUAAGGUCAAGGGCUUGGAGGCAAACUUGCAGGAGUUGGAGAAGAUCGUACAAACCAAGAGCUCGCAACUGCGCAUUGUAGAAGAGACAUUGAGGCAGAAGAUGCUCUCAGAAGGUGCUCCUCAGGCCGCUGCGGGCUAA